AGACACUAUAAUGGAAGAUUAACCUAUAAAUACAACCUCAUAUUCUCAUCUUUUCAACACACAAGAACCCACUACAACUUCAACUACAUUCUUCUUCUUCUUCUCUUUAAUCAUUUUCAAUCCUUUCAUAGGCCAUCAUGGGUGUUUUCGUAUACGAAACCGAGUUCAGCUCUAACAUCUCUCCAACUAGGUUGUUCAAGGCCUUGAUCCUUGAUGGGGACAACCUUAUCCCAAAGAUUGCCCCUCAAGCAAUCAAACAAGUUGAGACCCUUGAAGGAGAUGGAGGAGCUGGAACCAUCAAGAAGAUCACUUUUGGUGAAGGGAGUAGUUUUAAGUAUGUGAAACACAGAGUAGAUUCCAUAGACCAAGACAACUUGUGUCACUCUUACACUUUGAUUGAAGGAGAUGCUUUAACAGAUAAGCUUGAGAAAAUCUGUUAUGAGACAAAGUUGGUGGCAUCUCCUGAUGGAGUUGGCUCUGUCAUUAACACUGUCAGCAAGUACUACACUAUUAAUGAUGCUGAAAUUAAGGAAGAAGAUGUUAAACAAGGCAAAGAGAAGGCUUCUCAGCUAUUCAAGCUCUUUGAAAAAUACCUUAAUGACCAUCCUGAUGCAUACAACAACUAAAACAUGUUGAAUUUCAUCUCACAAUAUGUGUUUCUCAAGUUCCCUAUGUGUCAUCUUUCUUCUAAUAAGAGUGUGAGAGUUGCUACUUAUCAAAUGUAUUCUUUUGGGGGCAAAAUAAAAUCUAAUAAUGUUACAAAAUUCUAAAAUAACAAA